AUGCCUGGUCCCGACUUGCUUUCAAGUCAAGGUCUUCGCCUUGAUGGACGCAGACCCAACGAACUUCGUCGGAUAAGAUGCAAGCUAGGAGUAUUCACGCAACCCGACGGUAGUGCUUAUUUAGAACAAGGCAAUACCAAAGUUCUAGCAGCUGUUUAUGGUCCACAUCAAGCUGCAAAAUCCAAAAGCUUACAGGAUGGGGUAGUUGUGAACUGUCAAUAUAGCAUGGCUACAUUCUCAACAGGUGAAAGAAAGAAUCGGCCCCGAGGUGACCGAAAAUCCCAAGAGAUGUCAAUGCAUUUAAGACAAGCCCUCACAGCUGCUAUAAAGACAGAAUUGUAUCCUCGGUCCCAGAUAGACAUUUAUGUUGAAGUUUUACAGGAAGAUGGUGGUGCGUAUUGCGCAUGCGUGAACGCUGCGACUCUGGCGCUCAUCGAUGCCGGCAUACCUUUGCGUGCGUACGCGUGCGCCUGCUCUGCGUCUAUGGCGUGGCGAAAUGGGGAGCCCGAGCCUCUAGUCGAUGUGGGACAUGUGGAGGAAGCCGCUGGAGGUGUGGUGUUGACUGUCGCUAGUCUUCCUAGCACUGGUAGUAUUGGGUUACUGGAAAUGUCACAUAGACUGCACAUGGAUUACUUCGAUGUUGUAAUGUCCAGAGCUAUGCAAGGAUGUCGAGAUAUAGAGGUCAUUUUGGACAGAGCAGUUAGGGAGCACUUAGCAGAAGGGUGGACCAAACAAGAUGUAAUAACUAUAUGA